CGCCCCAGUGUGCCCUCCUCCGUGGCAGCGGCUUCGGCAUGGCGGUCGGGACCCCUCAGAGGCCAGGGCCGCUGCUGACGGUGCUGGUGGUGACCUUGGCGGCAGCCCAGCCUGCUCACCUGCUGACUUCGAGGUCGUCGGCCCAGGGCGCUCUGGACCGCGUGGCUCUGGGCGGCCUGUUAAAUACGCUUGCGGCCCGUGUGCACUGCUCCUCCGGGCCGUGUGGAAAGUGCCUGUCUGUGGAAGACCUCCUGGCCCUGGGCCGGCCUGAGGGGCCGGGGCCAGCCCCAGUGUCGGUCCUGGAGCCCGAGCACAUCCCCCGCCUCAGUGCGGCCGCUGCCCUCUAUCUCAGCGACCCUGAGGGCACCUGUGAGGACAUCCGGGCUGGCCGCUGGGCCUCCCGAGCUGACCACCUUCUGGCCCUGCUCGAGGGCCCCGAGGCCCUGAUCCCAGGCCUGAGCAGGCUGCUGCGGAGGAUUCAGGUCCGGACCACCGGCCUGCCCUCCGCAGAGGAGGCCUGCGUGGACCUGCCUUGGCUGCUGGACCAGGCGGCGGGGGCAGGGGCUCCUGGCAGCCCCGGCUCCGUGGUGGCUGCUCUGCUGGACCACGUCCAAAACGGGUCCUGCAUCCACGCCCUGCCGACCCCCCAGUACUUCGUGGACUUUGUGUUCCGGCAGCACCAGGGGGACACUCCCAACAUCACACUGGACGAGCUGGCGGCGCUGAUGCAGCACCUGGGGGUGGGUGGCACGGCCGUGAGCCACGGGGACCACAGCGACGACCAUCACCACCAUCCUCUGAGAAAGAGGGCCCACCGCGCCCCCUCCAACAGCAGCACCAGUGUGUGGGACACAGUUUGCCUGAAUGCCAGGGACGUGAUGGCCGUGUACGGGCUGCCUGAGCAGACGGGGGUGUCCCCGGAGGCGUGGGCCCUACUGAGCCCUGCGCUGCUCCAGCAGCAGCUGAGUGGGGCCUGCAGCCCACAGCCCAGCCACCCCGCCCAGGACCAGCUCAGCCAGGCGGAGAAGUACCUGUACGGCUCCCUGGCCACCCUGCUCAUCUGCCUCGCCUCGGUUUUCGGCCUCCUGCUUCUCAUCUGCACCACCUGCAGCAGGGCCACCCACUACGUCAUCCAGGCCUUCCUGGGCCUGGCCGUGGGCGCGCUCACCGGAGACGCCCUCCUGCACUUGACGCCCAAGGUCCUAGGGCUGCACCAGCAUGGCGGGCACAGUGUGCUCGGAGGGGACCAUGAUGACCACAGCACGCAGCCCAUCUGGCGCCUCCUGGUGGCACUCGGGGGCCUGUACACCUUCUUCCUGUUCGAGAAGCUCUGUGACCUCCUGCUGCCCCAGGAGGACCUGAAGGAGGAGCCCUGCAGCCACGGUGACCGCCACGGCCACAGCCACGGCCACAGCCACGGCAUGUCUCUGCAGCUGGCGCCCAGAGAGCUCCGCCAGCCCAAGCAGCCCCAUGAGAGCUCCCAUGCAGACCUGGUGGUGGAGGAGAGCCCUGAACUGCUGAGCCCCGGGCCGCGGAGACUGAGUCCAGAGCUGAGGCUGCUGCCCUACAUGAUCACGCUGGGCGACGGCCUGCACAACUUCGCCGACGGGCUGGCCUUGGGCGCGGCCUUCUCCUCCUCCUGGAAGACGGGGCUGGCCACUUCGCUGGCCGUGUUCUGCCACGAGGUGCCGCACGAGCUGGGGGACUUCGCGGCCCUGCUCCACGCAGGGCUGUCAGCGCCCCGGGCGCUGCUGCUGAACUUGGCCUCGGGGCUCACGGCCUUCCUGGGCCUCUACAUGGCGCUCGCGGUGGGCGUCGGCGAGGAGAGCGAGUCCUGGAUCCUGGCGGUCGCCAUCGGUCUCUUCCUCUACGUGGCGCUCUGCGACAUGCUCCCGGCCAUGCUGAGCACUCGGGACCAGAGGCCCUGGCUGCUCUUCCUGCUGCACAACCUGGGCCUGCUGGGCGGCUGGGCCAUCCUGCUGCUGCUGUCGCUGUACGAAGACCACAUCGCCCUCUGACGCCUCCUCCCCACGCUCCAGCCUGGAGCCUGGCUCCUGGCCCUGCACCGCCUCCGCCCCUGGACCUACAGCCGUGGACCUGGAGAGCCCAGGCCUCUGAGAACCCCCUUUCCCCAUCCCCCGGCAACCUGGUUUCCAGACAUUCCUGGGCCGGCCGGCGUGGCUCCGUGGUUGAUCCUGGGCUAUGGACCAGGAGGUCACGGUUCGAUUCCCAGUCAGUCACAUGCCAGGGUUGUGGGCUCCAUCCUGUGUGGAGCGAGCAGGAGGCAGCCGAUCCAUGAUUCUCAAUCAUCAUUGCUGUUUCUGCCUCCCUUUCCCUUCCUCUUUGAAAUCAAUAAAAAUAUAUUUUAAAAAGAGA